ACCAUCAUCCUUUUUCUUCCCAUCAUUCUUUCCGGGAAACACCACUGCCAACGCACUCAGCUUCCGAAGAAACCUCCACUAUGAGAAUUUCCCACCAUUUGAUCUUUUGAGCGCUCUCCCUUAUCGGUGCUUUUGUACGUGAGUGUCGAUAAAAGAUGGUGGUUCUCUGAGAGAGAGAGAGAGAGAGAGGUGCUUCAGUCCACAAAUAGAUUGAUGGGGUUGUAAUUCUCUCUAGAAACAGAGAACCGGUAUCACAAUUUUCUCUAGAAACAGAGGGUAAGAGGAGGUAGUUGCGCAUUAGAUUCUGAGGGUGUUCACUGUUUGUUUCCCCUUUUGCUGCUUGAUGGGGAAUUGCUGCGGCGGGUUGAGGUCUUACCUGUGCUGUGAACCUUCUGACCCAAGAUCAGAGUCUUCCAAAAUCCAGAACUCAGCGCAGGAGACAGAAGAUAAAUUCGAGAACUUCCACAUCAAUGCAAAAGAAGUUGAAGACCUGAGAGGGAAUUCAGCUGCUAACCCUUUGGUAGUGUUUACAUUCACUGAGCUGAAGAUAAUCACAGAAAAUUUUAAGAAGGAUCGCGUUUUAGGUGGGGGUGGAUUCGGUAGUGUUUAUAGGGGAUAUAUCCCAAAGGAUCUGAGGCCGGGAUUGGAGCCUCUGGAGGUUGCUGUCAAGGUUCAUGAUGGGGAGAAGAGCUUUCAGGGUCACAGAGAAUGGCUGGCGGAGGUCAUUUAUUUGGGGAAAUUUUCACAUCCAAAUUUGGUGAAACUUGUGGGAUAUUGCUGUGAAGAAGACAAUAAAGUUCUCGUUUACGAGUAUAUGGCUGGUCGUAGCGUGGAAAACCACUUAUUUUCCAAAAUUUUGCUUCCACUUUCCUGGGCGGCUAGGAUGAAGAUUGCUUUAGGGGCGGCUAAAGGACUGGCUUAUCUCCAUGAAUCUGAGAAACCAAUUAUUUAUCGAGACUUUAAGACAUCCAAUAUCUUGCUAGACACGGAGUACAACGCAAAGCUAUCUGACUUUGGACUUGCAAAAGAUGGGCCUGUUGGGGAUAAAUCCCACGUUUCUACUCGAGUUAUGGGCACCUAUGGUUAUGCUGCUCCCGAGUAUAUGAUGACAGGCCAUCUUACGGCAAGAAGCGACGUUUACAGCUUCGGCGUGGUUCUCUUGGAACUGCUCACGGGCAGAAGGUCGCUUGACAAGAGCAGGCCGUACAAGGAGCACCAUUUGAUCGAUUGGGCCCGUCCUCUGUUGAGAGAGAGAAGGCGGCUUCUCAGCAUCAUGGACCCAAGACUGGAGGGCAAUUUUCCCAUCAGAAGUGCGCAGAAAGCGGCAAUCCUGGCCUACCACUGCUUGAAUCAGAACCCCAAGGCCCGGCCAUUGAUGAGGGACGUCGUCGACUCCUUAGAACCCCUCCAAGUUACAUCAGAGGUCCCAACUGCAGCUCCUCCUCCUCCUCCUAAGGAACUCGAAGUGCCUGUGCAAGAAGCUUUGGUUCGCUGAUCUCAAAUACCAAGUCAGAGUACUUACUUUUAUAUUGGGAAUGGAUCUUACGACAGCGCUCGAGACUAGAGAGGGAGGGAGAGCACGCUUUAAUGGGUGGUUCUUCAUUCAGCAAUGCACGUUUGUGUUUGUAUGAAUAUGAAAUUAAUUUUAUUUUUUUUGCUUAUUUUUUUUCUCAACCAUACAAAGCUUGGAAAAUUGAUUUGAAACAAGUUCUUUCUCAUAUAAUUACAUAUACCAUUGUAUA